AUGCCGGCAGCCUCAACAAGAAACAGAUCUGAUGUUGGUCGGUUUCCAUCUGUGACUUUUGGUUUCGAGGAGGAAGCCGAGGAAAAAGAAAAGCCAGAAGAAAGGGAUGAAAAGCAAGAAAAUGCUUGCCAGCAGUGGCUCCGUAAGGCGUGUAAGUGCUGCUACCGUCAGCAGAGUGAGGACGGUGUGGCUGUGACUGUGGACACAGACAUAGAUGAUCCUGAGAAGGAGGACGGAACUGAAGAAGACAAGCCCACUAAUCUUAACGAACUUCUUCUGAAAGUCCAGUCCAUGGACCUGAUGAAGACCCCGUCAGGUGUGAACCGGACCGAACAUCACACGGAUCGGUACCAAACUGACAGACUGAUCAUCCGCAGGGGCCAGACCUUCCAGAUGUGGAUGACCCUAUCCCGACCCUUUGACCCUAAGUCUGACACGCUCCAUCUAGUUCUUAAAACAGGGCUGUUGCCUUCGGUGUCAAAGCAGACCCAUGUCAUUGUUCCUGUGGUGGAGGAGCUGGAGGACGGGCGCUGGGAGGCUGCAGUGGUGAAGCAGGAGGGUCGACGGAUCAAGCUUGCUGUAAAUUCACCACCCACAGCUGUCAUCGGCCAGUAUCAGCUGACAGUGGAAACAAGUUGUGCAAAUGGACAGGCUGUCUCCACCCAUGACCCUGUUAAUGACGUCUAUCUGCUGUUCAACCCCUGGGUUGAAGAUGAUCCAGUCUUCCUGGACUCUGAUGAGGAGAGGCAGGAGUACGUCCUGAAUGAUGUUGGAAGGAUCUACUACGGCACAGAGAACCAGAUCGGAGCGAGRACGUGGAACUAUGGACAGUUCAAUGAUGAGGUUUUUGCUGCAUGUCUCUUUCUGAUGGAAAACAGCAAAACUCCCAGCUCUGGUUGGGGAGACCCAGUUAAUGUGGUGCGGGUCAUCUCAGCCAUGGUGAACUCUGUGGAUGAUCUGGGUGUUCUGGAAGGAAACUGGUCAGGAGAUUAUUCAAAUGGAACUUCUCCAACAUUAUGGAGUGGCAGUGUGGAAAUCCUGCAAGAAUACUAUAAAAACAAAGGUUCCAAGGUGAAGUACGGCCAGUGCUGGGUCUUUGCUGGAGUUUUCACUACAGUUUUACGAUGYUUGGGUAUUCCUGCUCGAACUGUGACCAACUUCAGCUCAGCUCAUGAUACAGAUGUUUCCCUGACAACAGAUGUGUACCUGGAUGAGAACCUGGCCCCUAUAGAGUACCUGAAUACAGACUCCAUCUGGAACUUCCACGUGUGGAACGACUGCUGGAUGGCCCGUCCGGACCUGCCKCCUGGUAACGGAGGCUGGCAGGCAGUGGACGCCACGCCACAGGAAACCAGCCAGGGCAUCUAUCGCUGUGGUCCCGCCUCCCUCGCUGCCGUCCGUAACGGACAUGUCUACCUCAAACAUGACUGUGCAUUCGUGUUUGCUGAGGUGAACAGUGAUAAAAUCUACUGGCAGAAAAAUGUUGACGGUACCUUCAAACAGAUUUACAGUGAGAAGCAGACGGUGGGUCACUCCAUCAGCACCAAAGCUGUCGGCUCAGAGGAACGCAGCGACAUCACACACCUUUACAAAUAUCCUGAAGGCUCGGAGGAGGAGCGGAUCGCUGUAGAAACAGCCUGUCGCUUCGGCACCAAAGCAGGGAGCUACUCCUCUCCCACAGCAGAGGACGUCUCUGUCAGAGUCCUCAUGGAAGGAGAGGGCCCUAAAAUGGGAGGAGACGCAGAGCUGAGCAUCAUGUUGAAAAACGUCAGCUCAGAGCGGCGCCGAGUCAUGCUGCACAGCCAGCUGGCCGUCAUGUACUACACCGGAGUCCACAAAGCCACGGUCCGACAGGACAAAACGGAAGUGGAGCUGCUGCCUCAGGAGGAGAAGUUGUUGGACUGGGUUUUAGAGUAYAAAGUGUACAAAAACCAGCUGAUAGACCAGGCUGCCCUGAUGCUGACAGUGUCAGGGAGGGUUCAGGAGACACAGCAGGUUCUGGCCACGCAGUUCAGCUUCCGACUCCGGACCCCCGACCUUCUCAUGAAA